AGACUUCAGGACUAUGUUUCUGGAUCAAAUUUACAUUUCUUGAGAUAACGAGCUGUAUAAAAUGUGAAGAGGACGAAAGAGGGAGAGCGAAAGGGAGAGAGAGAUGGGAGGAGCAGUGUGCAGAGCGGAGGUGAAGGAGGAGAAGAAGAAGAGUAGGAGUGUGGGGAGGGAAGAGAGUCUGACGUCAGCUGACAGAAUCCGGAGAUUCACCGUCAGAAACCUUGGAUUCAACGUCCUGAGUCUGGCUCGCAGAGGACUCAAGGACGUCCCAGGGGAACUGAUGGAGCUGACGGAGUUACAGAAGUUAAAUCUGUCUCUCAACAGUCUGAAGCUUCUUCCUCCACAGAUCGCUCUGCUCUGCAACCUGGAGGUGCUCAACCUCUGGGGGAACCAGGUACUGCAUCAAUAA